CUAGUUGCGAGGUUCGAGAGUUGUGGCUUUUGCGCUGGUGCCUUCUCCACCAGAGCACAGAUACACACACACGAAGUCGCAAACGCUCCAACACUACUACAUACACACACUCAUACACUCAUCCACAUACAUACUAUCUAUCGGCUACAUAGCUGAAAACGGCGUCGCGAUCGCAGUAACGUCAACAGAACAGCGGCGGCCCCAUUGGAGAUUGUCGCCAGUAGUGUGCGCGUUUCGUUUCGUUUCUUUGGCGAGUUUCGAGUGCCAAGUGUGGCGUUGAAUUACAAGUGCCGUACGAUAAAAUAAAAUUUGUGUAACAACAAAAAAUUAAUAAAGGAAGAAAACGCUUCGUAUUUUGUUUCAAAUAUCGUUGCGGGCCAUGCUUGUUUUAGUUCGCCGUCCGAAGCAAAACAAAAACGACAGACAAGGAUUACGCGAGUGUGUACCUAUUUUAAAAUAAAAAUAAGUAUGUUAACAAAAUAAAAAUAAAGUAAUCAUAAUAAUAAAAAGUCAAAUAGUCUGCAAUAGAAACAAAAAUACAUACAUACAUAUGUAUAUACGAAUCAUACGCGACACUGAAAGUUGUGCCUCGCACUGGCAGUAAACGAGCAACAACAAAAGCAGCAACAGCAACCAAGCAAACAGCAUUCUUUCGGGCAACAACAAAACCGCUGCUGACAGAGAGCGCAACACUCUCUCACACACACACAUAUGCGAUUAUACGUAUACACAAGCGCAUAAUCAACGAAUUUAACGUCUCUCCUUCGCUCUCGCUGUGCAUCGGCGUGGCCCGUGGCCCCAACAACUACAGCAACAACAAGUUUGAUUAAAACGUAUUUGUUGUCCCCUCUCAUCGCCCAUCCAUCCACUGUCGUCAACAAAAACAACAACUACAUUACAGGCGAGCCCCAUUCACAGCGCCUGCGCGCCUACACACAAUAAAAAAAAAACAACACUCGCUCGCUGGAAUGUGGCCGCAGUCGCCGUCCGUAGUAGUGAAGAGGUCAAGCAAAAGCUUUUUCUGCUGUCGCUUGGCCGGUUGAUUGCUGUACGCCGCUCGGGCUCGCGCGCAGAAAUUCCAUUCAAAAGAAAAGAUAUUUUCACUGUGACAACAAACAAAAUAAAAAUAAUAAUAAUAAAAAACCACAACUAAAAUACAAACAGCAAAAGCAACAGCAACGAAUUUACAGUUAUUUUGUACGUUUAUUUGUUUGUUUGUGUGUGUGUGCAGCUCAUCAGCAACAAGUUGGCAGAAAUAACAGCAGCACAGCUAAGAUAACAACAAAAACAACCACAACAAAAAUAAGAAAUAAGUGGGAAAUCCAACUUGGAGUGUCGCGUGUGCUUUAAACAUUAAUUCAAUUUAAUAUCAACUUUAAUCACAUUGGCCCCGAAAAUUGUUUCUGUGGAUAUAAAUACGCGACCCACGCCAAGUGACGGCCCGUUGACUUCGGCGGCUGCAAACAUGCCAACAACAGCAACUAUUGCAGCAGCCGCCGUUGUUGGCACUGCGUAAGAAACGCAAUUCGAACGCGCACGCUGUGUACAAAAAAUGAUGCAGCAUGCGAGCAUUCUGCACCGUCAGCGCACCAUUGGAAGUAUGCGCGUCCUCAGCCGAGCAACUGUCACCCGGCUCACGUUUCUUGGCACUGAGACUUUUGGGCCAUCAACAGCCGAAAACCUUGUACUUCCUAGUCGAUGCAAAGAGUCGAGUCAGAGAAGUGUAUACCCAGACAUGUGUACACUUUGCCACACAGGGCAUGCUGGAUACCGAACUAUUCGGUCUGGCUGUGCUCAUAGAUGGCGAGUACAUGUUCGCAGAUCCCGAGAGCAAACUCUCCAAAUACGGCCCCAAAAGCUGGCGCUCCUCGCACACGCAUGGCCUGGAUGCCAAUGGACGUCCGCUGCUGGAAUUGCACUUUCGCGUGCAGUUCUACAUCGAGAGUCCGUUCAUGCUAAAAGACGGCACAUCCAGGCACAAUUAUUAUCUACAAUUGAAGCACAAUACCUUGCAGCGUGAGCUGCCCCAUGAGAAUGCCGAGCAGUCGCUGGUGUUGCUGGCGGGACUGGCGCUGCAGGCAGAUCUGGGCGAUGCACCAGCGAUCCCAGCAACGACAACAACAGCAACAAGCACAACCAAAGCGCAGGAAGAGGCGAGUGGUAGAAGUGGUGGCGGUGGAGGCGGAGUGGAAGGAGCAGCAGGCGAUGAUCCUACAAUUAAACAACGGUCCUCAGCUUUUACGACAACAUUGCCUAAGAUUAGCAAACGUCUGAGCAGCGCCAAUGAGCGUAUGUUGCGUCUGUCCACGUAUGUGGCAUCCACCAGUCAGGCAGCAGCCAAGGCGGCAGCUAAAUUAACGAACUCGACGGCAGCUUCAACAUCAACAGCGGCGGCAACAACCCCCUUCAAAUUAGCCUCAGAUACUCUAUCGAGUUCAACGGAUGCAGAGUACUAUCGCAUUGAGGACUACUUGCCUAGUGUAUUGCACACGCCCUGGGCUCGCAGCGCCAUGCGUGCCUGCCAUCGAGAGCAUCGUGGCAUGGCCGCCGGAGAUGCGGAGCUGCUGUACAUACAGCAGGCAUGUAGCCUCCAUGAAACCAUAAAUGCGCACACAUUUCGCAUGCGUCUGGCCAAGAGUGAGCAUGGAGCGGGCAGUGCCUGGUUUGUGGUCUAUGCCAAGGGCAUUAAGAUCCUAGGCGGCUUAACUGAUGCAACAGCAUCACAGCAGACGACCUUUCUGUGGCCCAACAUUACGAAAUUGUCAUUCGAACGCAAGAAAUUCGAGAUACGCUCAGGGGAUAGCAAGAUCACCCUAUACGCAGCAUCCGAUGAGAAAAACAAGAUGCUCUUGACGCUGUGCAAGGAGACCCAUCAGUUUAGCAUGAAGCUGGCCGCACGCAUCAAGGAGGUAAGCAAGAGGGAGGAGGAGGAAAGUAAUUGCCUGCAUGCCAGCUAUGUGUACUCAAGGAGUCUUCUGCUACCCUACAAGAAUAAGAACGAUCAGCGUAUAUCGGUUAUAUCCAGCACCAGUUCAAACACCACCUCUGGUAUCGUUAGCGAUCGCGUACAUUCGGAGGAUGAGCUGGAGAUUAUGAUUAAUACGCCACCAGCGCCAAUUGCAGCGCCUUCGACGGAGAGCUUAGCGCUCGCACAUUUAUUGGAUCGUCCCAGUGUUAGUCGACAAACCUCAUCGGUGGGUCAGGUGUCGCUUAAGGAUCUAGAGGAGCAGUUGGCAGCGUUGAGCGUACGACAAGCGCAGAAGCAACGCUUAAGCAGCAACGGCGGCGACUCGCCUGCGGAGCUUAGUAAUACCUCUGGGGGUAAUUGCUCGCUCAUUACAGCGAGUCAACGAACCACUGACUCCUCAACGGCGACAGAUUCACCCAAUUCACAGCACAAUAUUGGCUCACAAUGUUCCUCUACAUGCAGCACAGUGGUGGUGACCUCGGCCACCGCCGAUGCUGCUGCGCCACUGGCACCACUGCACUCGACCUCAAGCAGUCUGGAGCUGGGCUUCAGUCACACAGCACAAAACUCAACAAUUAGUGAAGCUGAGUCAACAUGUGUGGUCGACGAUUAUAUUCCCUCGACGCGGGAUGAGACCGAAAGCGUUUCGGGAGUGUAUACCUUGGCGGAUGGGGCACCACCUACAGAAACCUCGGGGGUCUACACCAUGCACAGCAGUGAAAUGACGGGUCAGUCCUCGGAAAUCGCCGAAUCAGAGAAGAGCUCGCACUAUGGCAUCUUUCAGCCAGUCAAGAACGAGUUGGAUGAAACACAUGCACCUCCCGACUCAGUGGAUGGCAAAAAAUACAAGCUACAGAACAAGCGGCUUAAGAACACUGAGUUUCGACUGCGCUCCGACUCCAACAUCAGCACUACAAGCUCUUUCCGCGGAGAUGGCAGCGACCCCACAGAUAAUAAGCACAAUCUGCUCUCAGCCGAGGAACUAACCAAUCUAAUUGUGGGCCGCGGCACAUAUCCCAAUCGGAAGACUGUCUCCAGCACUCUGCAUUCCGAUUGCGACUAUGUCACUCUCCCCCUACCUCUAGAAGGUGAGUCGUACAUCCAAGGGCAUCAGGACACGGCACCCACUGAGCAUGAUGUGGAGGACUUGAUUAACGAUUUGCUGCCAACUGCUGCACCAGAGCCGCCGCAGCGUCUCGAGAGCAAUGGACUGCGUAUGCGUUCGCCACCGCCCUAUAGUGCGCGACAUGAGAAGACGGGUCUGUGCGGGCCACCAGUACGGAGUUCCCUUCCGGCAAAAACAGCCAUGAGCAGUGUGUCACUUGCAAAUAAACCAAAUAGUGUGCCAAUAUCCUCUAAGUCUGCUUUAUCCUCUGUUAAAAGAUCCAGCAUCAAGCUAGAAACCUCACUUCCGAAACUGGCGCCCAAAUUAACUAUUGCUGCUGAGCCCGCUCCUAUACCAAUAGUAGCUCCAACACCCAAGGCUGUGCCGCUUCGUCGACGUGAUCCACCGCCCUAUCCUACUGGCAUGAAACCUCGUCCAACAUCGCUCAUUUCGGUAACUUCCGCCGCCUCGUCGCACGCGCCCAUCCAUCAGUUACCUAUAAAUACAAUGACCGGCUCAAUGAGCUCACUGAAGUCGGAGGAGAUUACGGCACGUUUCAUCACAACACGUCCCCAAAUCAACAUAUUGAAGGCGCACACCAGUCUGGUUCACGACAGUGCCAAGCCCAGCUAUGCAGCACCCACCACCUGCUCUUCGGCUGCCUCCUCCAGUGGCUCUGUGUGCAGUCACCAGCUCUCCAGUCAUCUCUCCCAGCAAUCUGUGCACAAUGCCAACUAUGUAAGUGGCUCGCAGGCUUCUCUGCAGUUGGCGGCGCAUCAUCGUCACUCCGGCUCUUCAGCUGCCGGCGGCGUCAUCCCCAGCACCAUUGGCAUACCCAUAGUUCCUUAUGGACUGCAUGGCGCACAAAGGAGCAGCGCCUCGCUGCAUCAACAGUCGCACGGACAUCCGGAAAUGAAGGCGCAAACAUGCGUUCUCCUCCCCGUUAUAAAGCCGCGUCAGUUUCUGCCACCACCGCCGCCCAGUUUGCCACGGCAACCACCGCCCCCACCACCUACACAUCAUCUAGCAGGUCUCUACUCCAGUCAGUUGGCACGUAAGCAGAUCGAACUCUAUCAACAGCAACUCUACAGCGACGUCGACUACGUCAUCUAUCCCAUACAAGAUCCGGCGGUUAGUCAGCAAGAGUAUCUGGACGCUAAGCAGAGUUCCAUACUGGCCGCUAUGGCGGCACAGGCUCCUGCACCACCGCCACCACACCCCUAUCUCGCCUACCACGGCGCCCACACAGCUAGCGGCUGGGACACGUGCAAGGGUCAUGCGAUCUAUCGCAGCACCCCCUAUCUGCCCUUGGCCCUCUCCACGCAUUCGAGAUAUGCCUCCACGCAAAAUCUCUCGGAUACAUAUGUACAGCUACCCAGUGCCGCCUAUUCGCCGCUCUACUCGCCCUCCAUGGCCAGUCUCUGCUCCUCCUAUGAGCCACCACCACCGCCACCGCUGCAUCCGGCAGCAUUGGCUGCAGCCGCUGCGGUUAACACGUCGAACCUGUUCGCACGAUCACGAUCAGACGAUAAUAUUCUGAAUUCGCUCGACUCGAUACCGAAGGUUAAACGUUUACCGCCCCCGCCGCCGCCUCCCUAUGUCAACAGGCGGCUAAAGAAACCACCGAUGCCGGCACCAAGUGAAAAACCACCACCCAUUCCCUCAAAACCCAACACCAGCUUGACCAGCCACAUCAGCAGCAGCUCACGCAGCAUUUUGCCGCCAAGGAAGCCGCCCACCUUAAAUCCUCACAACGCCAACAGUCCGCUGACGAAGACGUCCAGCGGUGCUCAGUGGGCUGGUGAGCGACCCAGGCCCGAUUUUGGCCUGAAUUUAAAUCGUGGCGGCAAUAGCAUUUUGGCCCAACUGCAAGCCUCCAUGGCCGCCAACAGCAAUGGUCGCCAUGGAGGACCAGCAGCGACAGGUGCAACCAAUUCGCAGGCCAAUCCCCUGGACAUUGCACUGCUGCGUGAGAAGAGCAAACAUCUGGAUUUGCCAUUGAUAUCGGCACUAUGCAACGAUCGUUCGCUGAUCAAGCAAACCAAGGUUAUAGUCAAUCCGAAGAAUGCAAAGAACCCGACAAUGGCGACGACGACGACAACAGCAACCAGUUCGGCAGCUGCUGCUGCAACAACAACAGCAGCAACAUCUGCUGGCAAUGUCGCCGCUUCAGCAGCAGCAACAACAACAGCAACUGCAACUCUAAAUUCAACAAACUGCAACAAACAACAAUCUCUGGCCGGGCAAUCAUCCAUGGUGAACAGCUCGAAUGGCGCCACAGCCACAGUCUCCUCCAGCGUGGCCAACAACAACGUCAAGAGCGCCAGCUCCACACUAAACAAGACGCGAAAGAGCGCCGCCAUUAGCCAUCGCCAUCCCAAUGACAAGCUGCCGCCAUUGCCCAUGCAAUUGGCGGAGGCCAACAACUAUGUCAUGGAUCCCGCUGUGGUGCUUAAGCAUCAUAAGAGCUACAAUUCGCAGACCUAAGGCAGAUCAUAACAACAACAACAACAACAACAAUGAAAUAUGUUCUGUAGUUUGGCGCAAGUGCGGAGAAAUUUGACAGAUUUGGAAAGAGCGCUAUAGAGGUGUUUGAGUACAGAACUGUUGGUUUUCUUCAUAAAGCUUCUCUGGGAACGUGUUCUGUAGAAAUACCCAAACAUAGCUUCCAAAUUGGUCAAAUCUCACUGCACUUGUGCGUGCGUGCGUGUGCGUAAGAGAUCGAAGAGCUGCUGCCGAAGAUUUUGCAUAGUGCGAUCAGAUGACGUGUAGGAUCGAUCACAGUGUUUCGGUUGAAGCUUAGAGAAAGGGAGAUUACUUGCGCGUGCCACUUGCUCUGCCAUAACAACUGCAUUUCUAUUUUAAAAAAACAGACAACCAAUUUAUACGAGCCACUAUAGAAGAAGAAGAAGUCUGAGCUCGUAUAAAGACUCGAAUGAUAACAGAUACAGAUACAGGAACAGGAACAGAAUCAACAAAUACAGUGGAAGAGAGAGAGAGAGAGUGAGAGAGAAAAGUAAUAUACAAGUACAGCGAACCUCAAAUAUGCAUUCAAAUAUCAGAACCCAGUCUAGUCACUUUAGGGAUGAUGUUGGAGAGCACAGAGAACAAAUUGAAGCGCACAAAACGAAUGACAAAUAUAAGACAAAAGAGUAACAGAAAUAGAAACUGAAGGAUGAACAUGAAAAAGUAACAAUACUCAAGUAUAAAAUACGAAUAACAAACCAUAUACACAUACCAUACUUAAUAAAUGACACAUGCAUAGUUAAAUGAGCAACAUAAUAACAUUUGGAGCAUGCUAGUUUUUAAAUAGAACGAACAUAGCGAGAGGUUCUAUACGAAUAUACAUACAUACAUACAUAUAUAGUAUAUAUAUAUAUAUUUUUAACUGAAAACUAACUACUUCCGCCCAAACAACUGUGAUUGAUUUUUAUUUAACAACAUACAACAUACGUUUAUAAGUCAUUAAAAACAAAACAAAAAUGAAAAUGAAAAAACGCACAAAAACUAUGCAAAUCUUUAGCAUGUAGACUCAACUUUCUCUAGCAGCUAGAAGAAACACAAACCAACAACAAACAAAAACUAACAUGAACAAAAACAACAAAAAAAUUGAAACAUAAUUUAGAAUUUCAUUGCCUAGGCUUGCCCCACCGCACGUUUGAAUUGAAUUUGAAUUUAGCGAGUUCUAUGCUCGAUUGACGGUUUUGUUUUAUUAUUAUUAUUAUUUUGUUUAUUAUUUUUAUAUGAUUAUUCUUUGUAUUAACCAACAACCAA